AUGCUUUCGACACUCACCCGCACGUCUUCGUCGGUCCUCGCGACUGCCGGCGCCCGCCUCGCCAGCACCAGCGCCGCCUCGACGCCCAUUUCGGAUACCCGCUACGGCGGUCGCCAAACCGUCACGCUGCUGCCCGGUGAUGGUAUUGGCCCCGAGCUUGCCGAUGUCGUCAAGACCAUCUUUGCCAACGCCCGCGUGCCCGUCGACUUUGAGCAAAUCAACGUCAACACCAAGGACUUGAAGAGCGAAAGCGACACACUGAACGAGGCCCUCCUCUCGCUCAAGCGCAACAAGGUCGGCCUCAAGGGCACCUUCCACACCCCGAUUGGCAAGGGCGCUCACCGAUCCUUCAACAUGCACCUCCGCAAGGAGCUCGACCUGUUUGCCAACAUUGUCAAGUGCCGCACCGUCCCCGGCUUUGCCACCCGGCACUCCAACGUCGAUCUCGUCGUCAUUCGCGAGAACACUGAGGGCGAGUACAGUGGUCUUGAGCACCAGUCGUCCCCCGGCGUCGUGGAAAUGCUCAAGGUCAUCACCCGCGCUAGCUCGUACCGCAUUGCCAAGUUCGCCUUCGAUUACGCCAUCAAGAACAACCGCAAGAAGGUCACUGCCGUGCACAAGGCCAACAUCAUGAAGCUCGGCGACGGUCUCUUCCUCAAGACCUGCACUGAGGUCUCUGCUCUCUACCCCAACAUCAAGUUCGAGCCCAUGAUUGUCGACAACGCCUCCAUGCAGAUGGUCAGCAAGCCCGGCCAAUUCGACGUCCUCGUCAUGCCCAACCUCUACGGCAACAUUAUCGGCAACAUUGGUGCAGGUCUUGUUGGUGGUGCUGGUAUUGUUCCCGGCAUCAACAUUGGCCGCGAUUUCGCCGUUUUCGAGCCCGGUGCACGCCACGUCGCCAAGGAUAUCGAGGGCCAGAACGUUGCCAACCCCACCGCCAUGAUUUUCUCCAGCACCCUCAUGCUCCGUCACUUGAAUAUGUCCGACCACGCUGACUUGAUUAGCCAAGCCGUGAAGCGAGUCAUCCGAGAGGGCAAGUUCACGACCCGAGACAUUGGCGGCACCAGCACGACCACUGAUUUCACCAAGGCUGUCCUGGAGCAGAUUCACAUUGCUCUUUCCCACAAGGCUUAAGCUUUUGGAUUUUUGUUUUUUGAUGCGCCGAUUGCUGGUGUGAACGAGUAUGAAGUGCGCUUUUUUUGUCAAUUUUUAAUUUCUCUCUUCUACACAGCA